CUUUCAUCAUUUUAGACCAAGAAGAAAAGAAGGAAAAGAGAAGCAGAAGUGCCCCGCUCUCUCUCUCUCCUUUGAUUUCUCUCUUAUAUGUUCUUCUUGAUAGGGGAACAACACACAGCUGAAGAAGCUCUCACUCUCUCUCAAAUGGACAGUCGUCGCAUCUGUCUUCUGAUCUUCUUGCUCUCGUCACUUUUCGCUUGGAAUGCAACUUCAAGUGCUGCGGCGACGGCGACAGGAACCAGCACAGCAACAAGACCGAACCCUUUCACGCCUAGAGCCGCCUUCGUUCGCUACUGGAAGGCGCAAGUCUCCGACGACCGCCCGCCGCCGCCUUUCCUCCUCUCGAAGGCCUCCCCGUUGUCCGCCGCCGCCUACGCCCUCCUCGCGAAGCUUGCGGCCGGGAACUCGCUCUCAUCGCACCUCCGCCUCUUCUGCUCCUUGGCCAACCUCUUCUGCUCCUUCGACGAGGACUCGAGGAGUACCCAAAAGGAUCUGGAUGAGGACGCGAACUUCGCGGUCUAUUCCAACAAGCGCUUCGCCAGCUACGGCACGGACCGGGUUGGUGGGGCCGACUCGUUCAAGAACUACUCGGAGGGGCUCAACAAGCCCGACUUCUCCUUCAAGAAGUACACCAAGGACGGCUCGGGCCACAGCGAGGGCUUCGCCAGCUACGCGACGGAAGGCAACGUCGCCAACGGCAGCUUCGCCAGCUACGGGUUCGGAGCCAACGGCGGGUCCGGCGAGUUCAAGAACUACCACUGGAGGGUCAACGUGCCGAAUCUGCUCUUCACCACCUACGACUCGGACGGCAACAAUCACAAGCUGUCUUUCGCGAGCUAUAGCGACGACACCAACAGCGGAAGCCAGUCCUUCACGAGCUAUGCCAAGCACGGGAAUAGCGUCCCGACACAGUUCGCCACCUACGGCGACGACUCGAACACGAUCGCGUCGACCUUCACGGGUUACGGGCUACUAGGCAACGCCGGAAACGACACGUUCACCAGCUACGGUGGGACCGCCAACAACCCGCAUAGCACAUUCAAGAACUACGCUGCUGGCGGGAACUCCGCGACGGAGAGCUUCACGAGCUAUCGGAACGGAGCCAACGUCGGCGACGACUCGUUCCAGUCCUAUGCCAGGAGCGCAAACUCCGCGAAGACGACAUUCGCGAGUUACGGGAAGUCGUUCAAUCCGGGCAACGACACGUUCAAAGAGUACGGCAAAGGAUCGAAAGGCAAGACCGCGAUCGAAUUCAAGUCGUACAGUGUCGAUCGAACGUUCAAAGAGUACGCCCAAAAGGGUGUCACGUUUGCUGGUUAUAGCAAUGUUACAAGCGAAGCAAAACCAUUAUCACCUUCUUCAAGUACUACCAGUGGCAAUUCCGUGAAUGGGUGGGUCGAGCCGGGCAGAUUCUUCAGGGAGUCCGCGUUGAAGCCGGGGAAUGUCAUGCAAAUGCCGGACAUCGUCGACAAGAUGCCCGGAAGGUCGUUUUUGCCCCGGGCCAUCGCGUCGAAAUUACCGUUCUCGACCGCGCGGCUGCGGGAAGCGAAGGAGCUGUUCCACGCGGGGGAGGGCUCGGCCACGGAGCGCGUGAUCGUCAAUGCGCUAAGCGAGUGCGAGAGGCCACCGAGCCGGGGCGAGACGAAGCGGUGCGUCGGGUCCGCGGAGGAAAUGGUCGACUUCGCGGCGUCCGUCCUCGGCAGUGGCAUCACAGUCCGGACGACGGAGAACGUCAAUGGGUCGAAGCGGAGGGUUGUGAUCGGUCCGGUCAGAGGGAUCAACGGAGGAGAACCGACCGAGUCGGUGUCGUGCCACCAGAGUUUGUACCCAUACUUGCUGUACUACUGCCACGCCGUGCCCAAAGUCAGAGUGUACGAGGCUGAGAUUCUGCACUUUGUGGGGAGGAGCAAGAUUAACCGCGGGGUCGCCAUAUGUCAUCUCGACACGUCAUCGUGGAGUCCGGACCACGGUGCAUUUGCCGCGCUCGGGUCCGGACCCGGGCAAAUAGAGGUGUGCCAUUGGAUCUUCGAGAACGACAUGACCUGGACGGCCGCAGAUUGAGCGAGAAAUCGUUCGAUAAAGGCGGGUACACGUGCCCGAAUGGAAAAAUGGACCGUUGGAUCCGGUGAAAUUCACGUGAGAUUCAUAUCAACCCGCCACCAUUGUCGAUGAUUCAAAUCUAGCUCAGUUUGUACACAACACUCAUGUAAUAAUUUCUCAAGCUUUUGCUUUUUCCUAUAUUGGAACUAGGAAAAGAUGAGAUGGGGGUAUUUCAUUUCA